UGACUAUGUAACGGUAAAGCGUUUCCCUCCGUGGCUCCGUGUGAACUCCGGCGUUGUAUCGCGGGGGGAAUGUGUUUUGGCCGCGGAGCAGCAGAAGAAGAAAAAGGGCGGAAGCCUCCGGAUUGGUUCGGACCCUCCUCAAGUCGCUGACUGAUCCAGAGUUUCCCCGUCAGGCCGCCAUGUCUCGUGCCCGUCCGCCGCCACUGGUCACGGGCAUCUCGCCCAAAGAGGGCGCGGCCUGGACCAAGGUCACCAUCCGUGGAGAGAACCUGGGCACGGGCCCGGCUGACCUCAUUGGCCUGUCGAUCUGCGGCCACAACUGCCUGCUGACGGCCGAGUGGAUGUCGGCCAGUAAGAUAGUUUGCCGCGUGGGCCCCGCCAAAGACGACAAGGGCGAGAUCAUCGUCACCACCAAGUCCGGGGGUCUGGGCACCUCCACCGUCUCGUUCAAACUGCUCCGGCCAGAGAGGAUCGGUAUCCUGGACCAAUCGGCCGUGUGGGUGGACGAGAUGAACUACUACGACAUGAGGACCGACCGCAACAAAGGCAUCUCCCCCCUCUCGCUGCGCCCCAGCAAUCCGCUGGGCAUCGACAUCGACAAAAGCAAAUUGCCACAGAGCGACAUAGAGCUGACGUUUCCAGGGAUGAGUGGAGACUUCACCAGUGAGAGCUUCUCUGCCACCUGGUACCUCAUAGAAAACCACUCAGGAUCCAGUUUCGAGCAUUUGAAGAUGGCGGCCAGUAACCUGAAGAAGCAGGCGACCAAGAAGAACGAGGGGAGCCUGGCGUACGUGAAAGGAGGCCUCAGCACGUUCUUCGAGGCCCAAGACGCUCUGGCAGCGAUCCACCAGAGGCUGGAGUCUGAUGGCACAGAGCGAGUGGAGGGAUCGAUGACCCAACGACUGGAGAACAUCCUCAACAGAGCGAGUGACACCGCAGACACUCUCUUCCAGGAGGUCCUGGGGCGGAAGGACAAAGCCGACUCCACACGCAACGCGCUCAACGUGCUGCAGCGGUUCAAGUUUCUCUUCAACCUGCCACUCAACAUAGAACGCAAUAUCCAGAAGGGAGAUUAUGACGUGGUGAUCAACGACUACGAGAAGGCCAAAUCUCUCUUUGGCAACACCGAGGUCCCUGUUUUCAAAAAAGUGUACGCUGAAGUGGAGACGAGGAUCGGGGCCCUGAGGAGUCUCCUGCUGGAGAAACUGCUGCAGACGCCGUCGACACUUCACGACCAGAAGAGAUACAUCAGGUACCUGUCGGACCUGCACGCCCCGGGCGACCCGGCGUGGCAGUGCAUCUACGCCCAGCACAAGUGGAUCCUGCAGCUGAUGCAGAACUGCCGAGACGAGUUCAUCAGCGGCCAGAGAGUGGGUGUUGGAGCUCUGGACCUGGACGGGGACGCCCGUCCGUUGGCCCUUGGCCGGCUCGGCCACACUGCGUCUCUGAAGAGAGGGGGCAGCCUGCGAACACCGCGGCCCAGCACCUGGCGCUUCGAAACCCCGCAGCAGGUGCAGUUCGUGGAGAAGCUCUCGGACGUGGUGAUCGGUCAGCUGCCGAAUUUCUGGAAGCUUUGGAUCUCUUAUGUCAAUGGGAGUCUGUUCAGCGAGACUGGAGAGAAAUCUGGGCAGGUGGAGAAAUCCAAGAAGAACGCCCGACAGAGGCAGAACGACUUUAAGAAAAUGAUCGAGGAGCUGACCAAUCGGCUGGUGAAGCUGAUCCGCGGCGCCCUCCUCCCCAGCACACUGCCACAGGGGGAGCUCAGUCUGUACGGAGGCUGGGAGAACAAGACGGAGCUCACCGGAGCCUGGCUCACGCAGAUCAUCCACACCGUCAGGAGUUGCCACGACGCUCUGUCUGCCAUGGAGAUCCCAAAUGAUUUGCUGCACGUGAUCCAGGAUCUGCUGCUGGAGUUGAGAGUGCACUGCCUCAUGGUGACUCUGCUGCACACGACCGAAGAUGUAAAGAGACUCGCUGAGAAGGAGGACUGGGUCGUAGAUAACGAGGGAAUCACCAGCUUGCCUUCGCAGUUUGAACAGUGCAUGAUCCAGAUGCUGCAGUCGCUGAAAGAGCCGCUGGAAGUCAAACCGGGGGAGAUCAAUGUGUUGCAGUUGGACCAGGUCCAGGAUCAGGUCUCAGAGCUCAGUGUCAGCAUCAUGACGGAUUUCGUCAACUGCCUGGAGCAGCUGAGCACUAAGACAGACGGAGACGUCGGUGCAUCUCACAACAUCGCGGUGGACUUGUCCUCUCCGGAUCGCUUUACCGGCAUUCAAGAUGGAGUCAGUCCAACUUCUGAGCAGCGUCUGCUGAUCAUCCUCAGUAACUGUCAGUACCUGGAGAGACGCACCUUCCUGAAUCUGGCCAAUCACUUUGAGAAACACGGCUUCACGGGGACGGAGAAGAUCACACGGGUGAGUGUGGACGCCGUCCGGGAACUGGACAGGAAGCUGUUCGAGUCCUACAUCGAGAGACGGGCCGACCCGAUCGCAGGCUCCCUGGAGCCCGGCAUCUACGCCGGAUACUUUGACUGGAGAGACUGUCAAAUGCCCACAGGUGUGAGGAACUACCUGAAGGAAGCUCUGGUGAACAUCAUCACAGUCCAUGCUGAGGUCUUCACCGUCUCCAAGGAUCUGGUGCCUCGCGUCAUCUCUCAGAUCGUUGAGUCGGUGGCGGACGAGAUGUGUCGCCUCAUGCAGUGUGUGUCGUCCUUCAGUAAGAACGGAGCCCUGCAGGCUCGUCUUGAACUCGGCGCUCUGAGAGACGCCAUCGGCCUGUAUCUGAACGCCGAGAGCAACUCCAGCUUCAAACUGGCUUUGGACGCCCUGCCUCAGUUGCACAGCGGAGCCGAUAAGAAGUUGCUGGAGGAGCUGCUGAACAAGUUCAAGAGCAGCAUGCAGCUGCAGCUCGCCUGCUUCCUGCCGACGUCUGUCCAGCCCGUAAAGAGAUGAACUCAGUCACACGGUCUCUUAUCUCAGAUGAACUUUACAUCUCUCUCUCUCUCUCUCUCUCAUAUCACUUUAACGACUCAUUUCAGUCUCACUCUGGAUGUUUCUGCUUCACCAGUUUGGCCCUAAAUGUCUGUUGGUGUAAUCUCGAAGACACCGAAUGAGUCGAUUUCAUUGUUACUGUGCAGGACAGUCCCCGGCGAACCGCUGGUAACGCUGAUGACACUGACUCCACUAACAGACGUGACUAACUGAUGCUGCACAAGUGUUAACUUGACUUCUUCUGUUGGUGUGAACGGCGUCAAUCUCCUGCUGUGUUCAUCAUAUGUGCGUUUAGCAAAUCCAGGAAAAAUUACAGACCCAAAUUUUUGCGGAGACUCUCCGGAGCGCAUGUCUGAAAGCAGCAAUGUCGGCGCUGCAGUUCAUUUGCUGCUUCUGCGUCUGCUCACACGUCACAUAAUCACAUAAGUAAUAUAAAAAUCAUGCCAAUUGAUCUGACGCCUAACAAAAAAAAAUCAUGUGGGACACGUCGAUAUCGGUGCUUUAAUUCCCUGCACGUCCUUCGUUUCCACGCCAACUACGUGUGUCAACUACAAAAAUGUGUCCGUAUUAUUGAACUUUUGAAAUGUAAUCAUCGCUCUGUCAUGUACUGCGGCAUAUUGCUUUGACUAAUGCAUGAAUCAAGUUGUGUGAACUUCACUUGUAUGUACAUUGGCGCUAAAUCUGAAAUUUUGAAUUAAAUAAACGUACGUGGGGCGACGUAACCCCUGCACCCACACCACUCUUUA